AUAUAAUGAUCUAGGGUUUUGUACUAAACCUCUUUCUCGCGGGGACUGCACAUUACGAUUGAAUUUCGUUUUCUGCAGUUCUCUUUUUCAAGCCAUGGCGGACAAGGCAGUCACCAUACGCACGCGCAAGUUCAUGACCAACAGACUCCUCUCCCGAAAGCAGUUUGUUAUUGAUGUUCUUCAUCCUGGAAGGGCUAAUGUCUCCAAGGCUGAGUUGAAGGAGAAGCUAGCUAGAAUGUAUGAAGUGAAGGACCCCAAUUCCAUAUUUGUUUUCAAGUUCCGGACUCAUUUUGGUGGCGGCAAAUCCACUGGAUUUGGUUUGAUAUAUGACUCAGUUGAAAAUGCAAAGAAGUUUGAGCCUAAGUACAGACUCAUCAGGAAUGGUCUUGACACGAAGGUUGAGAAGUCAAGGAAACAAAUGAAGGAACGUAAAAACAGGACCAAGAAGAUCCGUGGUGUGAAGAAGACUAAGGCUGGAGAUGCUGCCAAGGGAGGCAAAAAGAAAUGAGGUUCAGGGUAGCACAAUAUCUGGUUCUCCUUAUCCUUUUUUUGGCCCGUUUUGCUUUAGUGCAAAGUGAGUCACAAUUUAACAGUGUUACCUGAAUUUUGACAGUUCUAGUCUAGUUUUGUAAUUUGUGUUUCUUUAGGGAACAUCUUUAUUAAGCUUCCAGGGAUGCUCAUUUGGUAAAAUCUGUUAAAACUGAGCCUACACAUUUUCUAUGGCUGCUGGAUUAGUCUU